GCUUGCGCCUGCGCUCUGGUAUCUGUCGCCAUCUUGCCCCUUCUGAGGCACCGCAAACAAACCUAAUUCCUGGUGUCCCCUAGUCUUGGCGGAGGAGCCUUUUAGAUGAGCCCCGAAAGGCCGGGCAGGGAGGACAAGCUCUUUGGGGCUACCAAACAGAAGCAGCAAUGCCUGUUGUGUGGCCAACCCUUCUGGAUCUCAGCAGGGAUGAAUGCAAACGAAUUCUUCGAAAAUUGGAAUUGGAGGCAUAUGCUGGAGUUAUCAGUGCACUUCGUGCACAGGGCGAUCUCACCAAGGAAAAGAAAGAUCUUCUUGGAGAACUCUCAAAAGUCCUUAGCAUCUCAACAGAACGCCACCGUGCUGAAGUUCGGAGAGCAGUAAACGAUGAACGGUUAACAACAAUUGCACAUAAAAUGAAUUUAUCCUUAUAUUUGGGUGAAAGACCAAGUUACAGUAUGUCUGGACCUAAUAGCUCUUCAGAAUGGUCCAUUGAAGGGCGUCGAUUGGUACCACUGAUGCCCCGGCUGGUUCCCCAGACUGCCUUCACCGUAACAGCAAAUGCUGUGGCCAACGCAGCUGUCCAGCACAAUGCAUCCCUUCCCGUGCCUGCAGAGACAGCAAGCAAAGAAGUAGUGGUUUGCUAUUCCUACACAAGUACCACGUCAACCCCAACCUCUACCCCUGUUCCAAGUGGCAGCGUAGCAACGGUUAAGUCUCCAAGACCUGCCAGUCCUGCCUCCAGUGUAGUUGUCUUGCCAAGUGGAAGUACUGUUUAUGUCAAAAGUGUCAGCUGUUCAGAUGAAGAUGAAAAACCCAGAAAACGCAGGCGAACAAACUCUUCGAGUUCUUCUCCUGUGGUCCUGAAAGAAGUUCCAAAGGCCGUUGUUCCAGUCUCGAAGACCAUCACUGUGCCUGUGAGUGGCAGUCCCAAGAUGAGCAACAUCAUGCAGAGCAUUGCCAACUCCUUACCACCCCACAUGUCACCUGUGAAAAUAACUUUCACCAAACCAUCAACACAGACGACAAACACAACACAGAAGGUUAUUAUAGUGACUACAUCACCAAGUUCAACCUUCGUGCCCAACAUUCUCUCCAAAUCCCAUAACUAUGCAGCAGUCACUAAGCUUGUACCAACAUCAGUCAUUGCUUCCACAACUCAGAAGCCACCUGUUGUUAUAACUGCACCACAGUCCUCUCUGGUCAGCAGCAGCAGCAGCAGUGGCAACAGCAGUUCUACGCCAUCACCUAUUUCUAGUACAGUAGCAGUAACAGCCGUGGUGUCUUCCACACCAUCCGUGGUCAUGUCAACAGUAGCACAAGGUGUAUCCACAUCAGCAAUCAAAAUGGCAUCCACAAGACUUCCUUCCCCCAAAAGCUUAGUGAGUGCCCCUACCCAGAUUCUUGCACAGUUUCCUAAACAGCAUCAGCAGUCUCCUAAGCAGCAGUUACACCAAGUGCAACAACAGACACAGCAGCCAGUGGCCCAGCCUUCCUCAGUGUCUCAGCAGCAGCCCCAGCAGUCACCAUUGCCACCUGGUAUCAAACCUACCAUCCAGAUCAAACAGGAGUCAGGUGUUAAAAUCAUCACACAGCAGGUUCAACCGAGUAAAAUCUUACCCAAACCAGUGACUGCAACUCUACCCACCAGUAGCAAUUCCCCUAUUAUGGUGGUUAGCAGUAAUGGGGCAAUUAUGACAACUAAACUGGUAACUACUCCUACCGGUACUCAGGCAACCUACACCCGGCCAACAGUGAGCCCAUCCUUAGGUCGAGUAGCCACAACCCCUGGAGCUGCAACCUAUGUGAAAACUACCAGUGGUAGCAUCAUUACUGUAGUACCCAAAUCAUUAGCUACCUUGGGAGGCAAGAUAAUUAGCAGUAAUAUUGUUUCUGGAACGACUACCAAAAUCACUACAAUCCCAAUGACUUCCAAGCCCAAUGUGAUUGUUGUACAAAAGACUACAGGAAAAGGAACGACCAUUCAAGGCCUCCCUGGCAAAAACGUUGUCACAACAUUGCUAAAUGCUGGAGGAGAAAAGACUCUUCAGACAGUGCCAACUGGAGCAAAGCCAGCAAUCAUUACUGCUACAAGACCCAUCACCAAAAUGAUUGUAACACAGCCCAAAGGAAUAGGUUCCACAGUCCAGCCGGCAGCUAAAAUCAUCCCAACAAAAAUCGUCUAUGGACAACAAGGGAAAACACAGGUUCUCAUUAAACCCAAACCAGUGACAUUUCAAGCUACAGUUGUUAGUGAACAAACAAGGCAACUGGUAACAGAAACAUUACAGCAAGCAUCUAGGGUAGCAGAGGCCGGUAAUUCAUCUGCUCAGGAAGGAAAAGAAGAAUCACAGGGUUACACAGAUAGUAGUUCCUCUUCCACGGAGUCCUCCCAGAGUUCCCAAGAUUCCCAGCCUGUAGUUCAUGUAAUUGCUUCCCGGCGUCAGGAUUGGUCAGAACAUGAGAUUGCAAUGGAGACUAGCCCCACCAUAAUAUAUCAGGAUGUAUCCAGUGAAUCACAAUCAGCUACAUCAACAAUCAAAGCUCUGUUAGAACUCCAACAGACAACAGUAAAGGAAAAAUUGGAAUCUAAACCAAGACAACCCACUAUUGACUUGAGUCAAAUGGCAGUACCUAUUCAGAUGACCCAGGAAAAGAGACAUUCUCCUGAGAGUCCAUCCAUUGCUGUGGUAGAGUCAGAACUAGUUGCUGAAUACAUCACUACUGAACGCACUGAUGAGGGGACAGAGGUUGCUUUUCCCCUUCUAGUCAGCCAUCGCUCCCAGCCCCAACAGCCUUCCCAGCCCCAGCGGACCCUGCUCCAACAUGUGGCUCAGUCACAGACUGCGACACAGACUUCAGUGGUGGUAAAGUCCAUCCCAGCGUCUUCCCCUGGAGCAAUCACCCACAUUAUGCAACAGGCAUUAAGCAGUCAUACUGCUUUUACCAAACACAGUGAGGAACUUGGAACUGAGGAAGGUGAGGUUGAAGAGAUGGACACAUUGGAUCCUCAGACAGGUCUGUUUUACCGGUCUGCCCUGACUCAGUCACAGUCAACUAAGCAGCAGAAACUUAGCCAGCCCCAGCUGGAACAGACUCAGCUGCAAGUGAAAACUCUGCAGUGCUUUCAGACCAAACAGAAGCAGACCAUCCACCUGCAGGCAGACCAACUCCAGCACAAACUCACACAGAUGCCCCAGCUCUCCAUCAGGCAUCAGAAACUGACUCCUCUCCAGCAGGAACAAGCACAGCCCAAGCCAGAUGCACAGCACACACAGCAUCCCGUGGUGGCCAAAGACAGGCAGCUUCCUACCUUAAUGGCACAGCCCCCGCAAACUGUGGUACAGGUGCUUGCUGUAAAAACCACGCAGCAGCUUCCUAAACUGCAGCAAGCUCCAACCCAACCAAAAAUCUACGUGCAACCCCAAACUCCCCAGAGCCAAAUGGCUCUCCCCACUUCAUCAGAGAAACAGCCGGCAAGCCAGGUGGAGCAGCCAAUUAUAACCCAAGGAUCCUCUGUUACAAAGAUAACAUUUGAGGGGCGCCAGCCUCCCACAGUUACAAAGAUAACUGGUGGCAGUUCUGUUCCUAAGCUGACGUCACCAGUUACAAGCAUAUCUCCCAUUCAGGCCUCUGAGAAGACAGCAGUGUCAGACAUUUUGCAGAUGUCUUUGAUGGAAGCUCAGAUUGAUACAAAUGUAGAACAUAUGGUAGUGGAUCCCCCAAAGAAGGCUCUAGCCACCAGUGUGCUCACCGGUGAGGCAGGAGCUUUACCCUCCACCCACGUGGUGGUGGCAGGGAUGGCGAAAUGUAGAGAGUCCUGUUCAAGUCCAUCUGCUGUUGGCCCUCCCCUAACGACCAGAAAGAUCGAAGCAGCAGGAGUGCCUGCGGCAGGCCAGUUCAUGCGUAUUCAGAAUGUAGGCCAAAAGAAAGCUGAAGAGAGCCCAACAGAAAUUAUCAUCCAGGCCAUUCCCCAGUACGCUAUUCCUUGUCACUCCAGCUCCAACGUGGUAGUGGAGCCCAGUGGGCUUCUUGAACUGAACAACUUCACCAGUCAGCAGCUGGAUGACGAUGAGACAGCGAUGGAGCAGGAUGUAGACAGUAGCACGGAGGAUGGAACUGAGCCCAGCCCCUCUCAGAGCUCUGCUGAGCGGUCCUAGUGUUCAGACACCAGAGUGCACUUUAAAGCCUGCUUGGUUACCAAGUGUCCAGGGAAACCUAUGAUUUGUUGUCUAAAAAAAGCACUUUGCUUAUAUUUAGGCUAUGGACCUAGAAACACGGUGUUUCAAUGAGAUGUUGCUGCAGGAGCAGCAUUUUAACAAGAUAAAACUCACAGAGGAAUGUACUUAAAAAAAAUGGAGAGGAAAAAGAAAGCAAGAAAGCAAGCAGAGGAAAAGAUGCACACCCAUGGAGACCUGGCAGCUUACUGGAGCUAGGCAGUGCCAAGUUUGUCUGGCAGUGGAAAGAGACUUUCCUGUGAGUGGUUCUCAGCUGCUUUUCACUGCGCAAAUGCCACCAGAGAAUAUUAAAAGGAAAAGAAAGGAGAAUGUGAAGAGUUUGUAUUUUUGAAAUGAUGUAUCUGAACAUUUUUUAAAAUUGUGUUUGUUUUUGCAUAUCCCUGGAAGUGUUGCUUUGGUUAACAUUUUACAUUUGCUCAGUUCAUGGUUAGUUUAUGAAUACCUAGGAAAGUUCUGGCAUUAGAGAGUCCUUGCUGGAGGGUAAACAUUAGAUCACUAACCAGGAAGUGUUUGGGGUGGCUUGUAUAUGCUCUGUGGUUGUAUACUAAUUUAUUGUGGUGUUCCACACUUGCUUAUUUAUUUAAUGUAAAUGUUUCCAAGCAGGCUGAAUCCCUUUUCCUACAUGUCCUAGGAAGCUGGAUCGCCUGGCCUUCCCACCUCCCCUCCCCCCCUUUAAGAAGAUGGAUUAGAGAAGGUUUGGUGGGAAGCAGAAGAAAAGACCUUUCUAGCCCAAAGGAAAUGUUGAGUUGUGUUAAGGAAAAUGAACUCUGUUCACUGAUGCUCUCUUGAUACCGAAGUUGCACACCUAUGUGGGACUGAUAAGACUUUGAGAAUAACUUUUACUACUUUUCUUUAAGCCCCUUUGAAAUGUAUGAAAAAGUUCACCUACAGUUCUAAAUGUAAUGUUUUUAAGUUUUUACUUUUUUAGGGAGCAGUUGUUUACGUGCUGUUUUGUUCUUGUGAUUGCUGUCUAUCACAAGUUGAGUGAAGGGUAAGGGAUGGGAGGGUACGAAUUUUGACAAGCUGUGGCAGAAGAAACUAUACUUUUCAUUUUUAAAAAGUGUAAAUAGAAAAAUUUUUAACGGUUUUAUAUGAAUUUCACUAUAAAUAAGCAUUUUAAGACUGACAAAUGUUGAACUGUAUAUACAUUUAUCAGCAUAACUGCCCAAUUUUUUGGUGCUGAAGUACUGUAAGUAGAAUUUAUCACCCACCUCCUAAUUUUUGCGUCUACACCUGGGAAGAAGAAGCUGUGAUGCUGUAGUUAAUAAACUCACACUAGAGUGACACUGAACGUCUCAGCAGGAGCAUCCCUGAGACAAGCUUGCUCUUGGUGGUUGUCCCCAUUUCUACUAGGUGAUAAUUACUCACCAAUAGAUGGAGCUGUUGGAUAGCAUUUUAUUGUACAGAUUUGUUUCAACCACUUUGUGACUGUUCCUAGCUAAGAAAUAAUUUAACCUCUCUUGGGUCAUAGAUGUCUUCAAGAAUUUGACUAAACUAUGAACUCAAUCACCAAAAAUGUACACAUGCCAGUACACAUGUUAGAUUUUGCAUACAAUAUUAGGGGCUUGUGGGCUCCCAAGAGCAUCCAUGUAUUCCAGGGUAAGCCCUGUUAUGGUCAAUCCAUUACUUGCAGGUAUAAGUUUUUAUAAAAUAAAAUAUCUUUUGAAUACACAUGGAUCAGGAAACAAGAACAAACUUGAGUAAGUUAUGUUUCAUAUCUUCUAUCAGGAUAGCAUACCCAUGUCCCUCUCAGAAUUUAACCUUACUGUGUUCCAGCAGCUGAAAUGCCAAAUGAGUCUCAUUUAAUCUACAUUUCAAAAGUUAUAUGCACCCACACAUAAUACACACACAUGAAUUAUCAAGUAAGAUUGAUUUUUUUUCCUUUUAACAGUUCUAAUUCCAAUUAGAGCAUGAAUUUCUGAGCAGGUAUUAUUCAUUCCUUUUUUAUGUGCCAGGUCCAUAAAGGAUAAUCUAACCACCAAGGAUAUUACAGUGAGCAAAUGGUAAACCCUACCCAUCUGGAGCUCACAGACGGGGCUUCCUGCUUGGGAAGGAAGCGGGGAGCUCCAAUGAUUCUGGGGUUCUUUCUCUUCUUUUAGUUGGCACAUACUCAGCAGAGAUUAACCGUGAGGUUGUUGCUCAGAAACCAUCUUCUUGGUUCCUGGUUUUUUUAAGGAGGCUGAAGGACACAGCUUGUGGGAAUUGGCUCUCCUACCAUCUUGGUCCUGGGAAUCUGACUUAGGUAGCCAGGCCUGGCAGCAGAUGACUUUACCCACUGAGACAUCUGGCCCCCACCUUAUUCUUUGAAACAAGGAUCUGGAGCUUACUCACUAGUCUAGACUGGCUGCCUGUCUCCACUUCCCCAGUGCUGGGGUUAUAAGCACAAGUCAUGGCCUGGCUCUUCCUGUGAGUGCCAGUUUUCAUGUUUGUGUGGCAAGCACUUUACUGACCUAUCUCCUCAGCCCCAGCAUGUAAGUGUAUAUACAUACAUAUAUAUAUAUAUAUAUGUGUGUGUGUGUGUGUGUGUGUGUGUGUGUGUGUGUGUGUGUGUGUGUGUAUAUAUAUAUAUAUAUAUAUAUAUAUAUGUAUAUGUUCUUUGACCAUAUUCCCCAGGUCUCCACCCCCUCCCCUUUAUUUGACAUAUGUGAGUGUUUUGCCUAUGUGUGUGGUGCACCAUGUACAUGCAGUGCCCAUGGAUCCCCUGGGACUGGAGUUACAGACAGUUGUAUGCCACCACAUGAGUGCUGGAAAGUGAACCCAGGCUCUCUUAGAAUAGCAACCAUGGCUCUAGAUGGUUCUUAACCGCUGAGCCAUCACUUCAGCCACUUUCUCUACGUUUCUUAAGUGGAAUGAUGAUAACAUGUAUGGAUCUAUCACCAGAUAUGCUUUUGCUGAAAUUGAUAGCAUUAUUUUGUUUCAUGUUUAAGUCCAUAAAUUAAAAGUAAUUGUAAGCUGUCUCUGAAGGAUAUUUAGAGAUAAUGAUGCACUUCUACAAAACCAUUAGAAAUCUAAUUUGGUUUGGAGUUGGAGAUGUAGCUCAGUUGGUAGAGUGCUUGCCUAGAAUGCACAGAGCCCUGAGUGCAAUCCUUAGCACCGCAGAAAAACUAGGCACGGUGGUGGAUGCCUAUAAUACCAGUACUUGGGAGGGAGAGGCAGGAAAAUGAGAAAUCACAGUUAUUCUCUGCUACAUAAUAUGUCUGAGGGCAAACUUACUAAUUUCAAAAGAUUUGGUUUAAAGUAAACUUUAAAAAAGUACCUACUGUUACAGGUAUAACUUAUGGUGAAUUUAGAAGACUUUAUAGUUUUCAUUUUUAUUUAUUAUUUUUGAGAUGAGUCUCACUAUGUAGCUCUGACUGACCUGGAAGUCACUAUGUCGACCAUACUGGUCUUGAACUCAAAGAGAUCCAGUUUUAUUGAGUAUUCAUGCCAUAUACUUAAACAUAUAAUGUGUGUGGCUCAAUGGUUUCUAGGAUUUUUCAGAUAGAACACCCAUUACCAAAGUCAGUUUUAGAACAGUUUCAUCAAUCAACAAAAGUACCCCAAACAGCAUCACCAGUCACCUCUCUAGCCCUAGAGGGCUGCUCAUCUUUCUGUCCCUAUGGACUUCCUGCUCUGGAUACCUCAUAUGAAUAGAAUACAGUAAAUGGUCUUUGUGAUGGCUUUCAUGUGGUAUCAUAACUCAAGACUUUUCCAUGUUGCAACAAGCAUGUAUCAGUGCUUCUUUCCUUAUGGCUGUUCCAGUACAUGGAUGUGUCACACUGUAAAAAUGAUCAGCUGAUGGGCACAUGCGUUUUUACUUUGUGACUACUAUGAGCAGUGUUGCUGCAAAUGCUAAUGCACAAAUUAUCUUUAAGGUUCAAUUCUCUUGAGUAACUACCUUUGAUCUUUUAAGGAACUGGCAAGAUUGUUUGCCACAGAGACCAGGUGUUUUUGCAUUUACUCUACCUGUGCAUGAGGGCUUCUUGCCAACACUUGCUAUUGGCUCUUUUAAUGUAGCCAGCCUAGUAUCUACAGUGCUACCUCCUUGUGGUUGUGACUUUCAUUUCCCUUACAGCUAAUGAUGAACACUUUUCAUAUGUGUCUUAGUCACUGGUUUAUCUCUGGAGAAGUAUCUCUUUGGUCCCUUUGCUUCUUUUCAGUGGUAUUACUACAAUUGAGAAUUUGUGAUGUAUAAGAAGCAUUACUACUAUUAGGAGGAAAGUAAUUCUUCACCAUUAAAAUCUUUUGAGUCAGCUCUA